CCCUCCGCUUCAGGAAACACUCCUCGAGAGACACACUUCAUUCAGCAUGUCGGUGGCUCUGCGCACACAGCUGUUUCUCUUUCUGAUCUCCCUUUCAUUAAGGAUGGGGCUCACUCGCUACAUCGAGGACAACGAAGCUUCAGAUGGAUUAUAUUCUCUGCUAAGUUUGGCCCAGAAAAGAGAAUCAGAGGAUUUUAUUUUCCGCCGACCUCUCAGAUGCUUGGACAUGCUGGCUACUGACGGCUUCUUCACCUUUGUGGCAUCAAAGCCACAGCUGGCGUGUGCAGCUUUCAUCAUAGCUGAGCCCAGUGAAGUCAUCAGUCUGGAGCUCUCUGACGUCAGUAUCGACUGCAGCGCUGGAGACUUCAUAAAGAUAUUUGAUGGCUGGGUUCUGAAGGGAGAGAAGUUCCCCAGCAGUCAGGACCACCCUUUGCCUAUGUACCAGCGCUACACAGACUACUGUUCCUCCGCAGCGCCAGGAGCCACCAGCCGCUCUUCUCAGAAUGUCGCCAUGGUCUUCUUUCGCAUCCACAGCGCUGACAGUGGCUUCACCCUUGCUGUCAAGAAGCUGCACAACCCUUUCCCCUGUAACAUCAUGUCUCAGAGUCCAGAGGGAAGCUUCACCAUGGUGAUGCCACAUCAGCGCAAGAACUGCAGCUUCUCCAUCAUUUACCCUGUGGAGAUCCGACUGACAGAACUGAGCCUGGGGCAGGCCAAAAGCAAUGAGCUAAGUCCACAGAGACUGGUGGGGUCCGGCUGUUCGGGGUCAGGUGAUUAUGUGGAGCUGCUGGGAGGGAAUGGGGUGGAUACCAGUAAGAUGUUCCCUGUCGCUGACCUCUGUUUUUCCCUCAGUGGACUUGCCCAGAUGAAGAUUGGUUGUGAUAACUCAGUGGUCAGGCUGGUGUCCAGUGGGAACUACAUCAACCGUGUUUCCUUCCAGUACAGACUACUGGAACACAAUGAGCUUCCCAAAGCCCGAGAGAACAGUGUGGAAAACGUCUGUACUGUGGAAUAAGAUGUCACAGCAUCACACACAGACACACACAUGCACACACAUAUACAUAGAUCUAUAUAUACACAGUCAUUCAUCUCUCUCUGUAAAAAAAGCCACUUUAAUGAAAGUGUUGCAUUUAACUAAUUGUAUUAGUAAGUAUUUUGUAUCGUAUUUGCCAAAUAUUUUUUUUAGAAAGCUAUUAUGUUAGCUUUGAUCAUAGCAUAUUUAUUGAAAAAUAAUAUUAUUCUCAAAUUUAUAGAUGGUGGUGGAUUUUUUUCUUUUUAAUUAUUUGUUAUUAAACGCUGUAAUACGUUGUGCUGCUUGGUUAGGACUUUAAUUUCAACCUUCCAUCUGUUGUUUGUCGUUUUUAGUUAUUUUGACAUCCCUGAAGCCUCAUUUCUUUAUAUUGCCUUGACAAUUUAAGAAAUAAAUAUGAACUGCAUGAUGAAGCACA